UCAAUGCGAAGGUAAUAAUAUGCACAAUCUUUUUCUUCUAGGAAUACUAGUGCUAUUCUGAAUUUGGUACAUCCAAAAAAUAAAUAUGGAUUCCACUUUGGCCCUCCUGUUUUCUCUGCUGCACGUUUUAAGUGUGUGCUCAGCUGCUCCUCUGCCAGGAGAAGUAGUGAAGAUGAAAUCAAAAGUGAAAUGGAUGGCCGAACAGCUGGUGGUGAGGCUCAACAAAGACGUCCAGGUCCCGGCUGGUCUGACUCUCGGCCCACCUGCUGAUGACUCGGAUGGACCUUACUCCAUCGUGGCGGUCUUGGAGGGCUAUAACAGCCUGAUCUGUGACACCUUCAACGGGGUCGCUCAGGUCAAGUUGGACAUCUCUUCGCUGACAGGUUACCUGGAUCAGUGGAGGCAGGGUCACUGCAGUGAGCAGCGGCCAAAGCCCUCAGUGCCGGGGCCGAUGCAAGAGCUCGAGCGGCGAAAGGAGUUCAUCCACACGGUGAGCAUCGAGGCGCUCAUGAGGGUGAAGGAGACCCUCCGUCUGCUGCUCGACAAUCUGGAUCAUCUUGAGACUUGUUGAAGGACAGCCAUGAGGACAGAGCUGCAUCCGUGA